UUUUUUCUUUUACCAUGCAAGCGCAAAAUCACAAAAUCACAAACGUUUUGAAAGUAAUUGCUACCUUUUUAUCUCGCGGCGCUAAAAUCGCUGAAUCGUAGGGUAGGGUAGGGUGCUGCGUUUAUUAUAUGUACAUACAGUGCAGCACAGUGACAGUGAGAGACACAAAGCAACCGACGGUGUGUAGGGUGUAGUUUUACCUACAAUCUGUCACAACAAAAAAGAUUGAAGAUGUGCAAAGGUUUCUUGUAAUGAUCUAUGUUUCGCGAUUUAACCGAAUUUCAAUGAUUAUCAAACAAGAUUAUCGAAAUUAAUGGGGAAUGAAAUAAGUGCCCUGAAAGGGCUGGAAAUCGAAGAGAAAUCUGUGGAAGUGACAGAUUUUUGGGUGCAUUAUACUGCCAGUGUGAAUGGAUAUGGUGCUCAAAAGGUGUCCUUGUUUAUCAGCGAACCGUCGUUGCAUUAUAGCGCUAAUUUUGGAAAUCCAUCUCCUUUAGAGAAAGCUGCAAAGAAUCUUAUGUUGUACAGACAUCCUUGUAUACUCAAGUAUGUAUCGUCGUGGUCCAAAGGCAGCAAAUUUUUCCUUUCUACCGAACACGUUAAACCUCUGAUUCAGUCUAUAGAAACACAAAAUACCUUGCAAAUAUGCAUGGGCUUGUAUAGUAUUUUACGUGCGUUGGUGUUUCUUCACGAAAAAGCAUCCGCGUCCCAUAAUAACAUUUGCGGAAGUUCCAUUUACGUCACAUCGGAAGGAUGUUGGAAACUUGGCGGAUUAGAGUGUCUAUGUAAGUCUAAGGAAUUAACGUCUGCUUAUUUAAAAAAAAUAAGAAGCUACAGGUACGAGAGAGCGAUAUCUCCAGAUGAGGAUACAACAGUUUUAUCUACGAAUUAUUCUGCUAUCGAUGGGUACGCAUUUGGAAUAUUGGCAGAGGAUAUACUGAAAUUAAAGAAUUCAGAAGAUGUUCCAAGUCUCCUGGAGUUCCGACAGUUUUGCAAAGAGAAUUUGCAAAACGUAGAUCCAUCCCUACGUAGCGAAUUAUCAAGCGUGCUUAGACAUCCAUUUUUUACUCAUGACUUUAUGCGAAUUCAUGCAUUUCUAGAGGAACUGCCUUUAAAGAACAACCUAGAGAAAGAAAUAUUUUUUGGAACCUUAAUAAUGCAAUUAAGAACAUUUCCUGAAAAUAUCGUCGCAGAACAGUUGGGUCGAUUAUUACUUUCUAGAAUGGUUUUAUUAGAUGCAACAGCACAAGAAAAACUUUUACCAUUCGUCUUAAAACCAAGAGAUGGGAAAGACAAAAUGGACGAUAAUCUGUUUGCAGUUUCAACAUUUAAAGUCUACUUAGUACCUAAACUAUUGCAAAUGUUUUGUAUAAGGGAUGUAUCGAUUCGAUUAGUCCUGUUAUCGCAUUUUAAUUCAUUUGUGCACACGUUUCAAGUGGAUGAAUUAAAGUCUCAAGUACUUCCAGAACUACUUGUUGGAAUUAAAGAUACCAACGAUCAUCUCGUAUCUGCAACAUUGAAAGCAUUAUCCGAUAUAGUUCCAAUCCUAGGUGCAGCCACUGUGAUUGGUGGAAACAGAGGAAAAUUAUUUACGGACGGUCGACCAAACAAAGUAAAGGAAAGCGGGCAAAACAGUAGCGACACCUCGUCUUUUACAAAUAUCGUUGAAUUUCCAGCACCUAUGAGUACCAAUCAAGAAACGGUUAACUUACCAGAAAGACCAUCACCAGACGGAGGUGAGGAUAAAAAGGAAAUCAUGUCUUCCAUCACCGAGGAAGAAUACACAUGGUCUGAUUGGGAGACGCAAGAACCCGCUACCGCAGACGUACAUCACGUUUCUCGACCUCCGAACACGAUUUGCGAAUCUAACGGAAUAUCGACUGUUAAUUCAACCCUAACUAUCGAAACAGAUUCAGUACUAAAUAUAGACAAAGCCAAGAUAAUUGACCCUAAAUUUCCAAAGAAAUCGAUUAUUUUAUCCGAUAUUUCAGAGCUUGAUAUUAAGAAUUCGAAGCUGUCCAGUUCUGUCAAGGAAGAGUAUGACUUUUUCACAGACAUGGAGCCCGUAAUAAAAAAGACGCAAGUCUUGCACGUAUCACAACCGCAGACACUACAAAAAAGUGUGUUCGACAUAAAAGUAUUAACCGAAGAGAACGAUGGUUGGGAUGAUGAUUUAAGCGAUUGGGGAACAGAGGAUGUUCAGGAAUUGAAAAUUUAAGAAGAGCUUACCGUUCUUGAACGUAUGUGUUAUACGGACUGUAAAGAAAACAAUUACUUAUCGCAGAUGAAUCUAUGCAUCUGAAUUCUUAUGUAAUUCGACAUCAAUUUUUAUUGUUUAAAAAGAUAAGAAAAAGUUCACGAAAGGCUAAUAUUAGAAAUAAAAUAAUUGUAUCACAAAAAUUGAUAAAGAUUUAACCGGUAAGGUAGA